AUCACUCUGCCCGCGCCCUGGUCCCACUCGCGCCGACCACUGUCAUUUCACCCUAGACGUAUACCGCGGCUCUCGAGCUCCCAUAGCAGCGCUUGGCCAUCAUGUCCAACUCCUCCCCACUCGAGCCUACGCCGCCUGAUUCGAAGGCCCCGGCCGCAGCCUCGUCGACGCCUAUCGCGUCCUUUGCCUUCAACUCGGGCGAUGAUGCUGCGCUGCGCCAAUGGGAGGCUGAUCAGAAGCAGAUGCGACCCAGCACUGCUUCCAAAGAUGAGGACCAGAUCACUACCACAUUCAGCAGUGACCCUUCUGGCACGACAUCCAGCAGCAGCUUCGGCGCCAAGCCCAUUGUGGCCGCCGGCGACGUUCCUCAUAUGCCCGCACCGGCCUCUGUUCCUGUACAGCGAGACGAAAAGGUUGACUCCGACAAGCUCUCGUCAGCCCCUUCUCAUGUAGCAAUUGAGCUCGAGAAGCUGCAGAACGACGAAGGCGAAGAAGCCAUGCGCCAGGACAUCUACCUUCCGGCGCAAGAUCUCCUCAUGACCAUCCGCUAUCUCGAGAAAAGCUGGCUAAAUUUCACCCUCUUCCUCAUCGGAUCUGUCCUGACUGCGGGUAUUCUGCCCCUCAUCAUCGUCUUCUGGGUCCCGCGCAUCUACCGCCAGUGGAUCUACUACGUCCGGGAGGCACCCACCGAGGACGAGUUGGCCGACUGCAAGGCCAUCCCUUGCCUCGUCAAGAUCCCGAGCGAGCCAGCUUCGCUCCAGAAGUUGGUACCUCACAAACUGCCCACGCCCACGCCUGCCAACAAGAUGUUCAGCCCCAACUUCACUAUUCCUUAUACCAGCCCGGCUGAUGUUGCGCAGGAGGUCCCGCGACCUCCCCUCGCUGGAGGCCCUACGGCCAACACAACCCUUCUUAGCCACGUCUUCGUCCUCAAUUUCCGUCAUACUCCUCUGAUCUUCCACGCUCCCUCGCAGAAGCUCGUCUCUCUUCCAGAGUGGCGAGACGUCGGCCUAGAAUCCGGCGCUGCUCCUCUCACGCAGUCAGAGGUUGCCUUCCGUCAUGCCCUCUUUGGCCCAAACAUCAUCGAUGUCAGGGGCCAGUCGCUCAUCAAGCUCACUAUCACAGAGACGUGCCAUCCCUUUUACGUCUUCACAUUGGCCUCGUGUGGUCUGUGGUUUUACGACACGUACCAAGUCUACGCUGCAGUCGUCCUUGCUAUCUCCAUCCUCGGUAUUGCGGCUACUGUCAUUCAGUCUCACCGAUCUCAGGUCAGGCUGCAGCGAACUGCGCGAUACGAGACUCAAGUCGAGGUCAUGAGAGUCGGACUCAGCGCCACCUCUGCAUCUUCGUCGCCAAACGACGAGAAGGCGUCCCUGGCAUCAGAGACGUGGGAGAAGGUCUCGUCUGAGGCUCUGGUACCUGGCGACAUUGUGUCUCUUUCCCCGCUCCUCUCGCAGUCGCUACCCGCCGACAUGCUUCUACUGCCUGGCGCAUCCAGCUGCUUGGUCAACGAGUCAAUGCUCACAGGCGAGUCAGUCCCCUGCUCCAAGACGCCCAUCUCUCCGCAAGCCCUCGCCGAGUUCGCACGCGGAGAGCGAGACCUCAAAGGAGUAGAGAAGAGCCUCGUAUGGGGAGGCACAGUCCUACUUCGAGCGAGCGCCGAGAACUCAAAUGACCGAGUCAAAGCCGUGGUGACGUCGACUGCCUGGAACUCGAGCAAGGGCUCCCUCGUCAAGAUGAUGCUCUUUCCCAAGCCCGUCAACUUCGCCUUCUACAAGGACGCUUUCCUAUUCAUCCUGAUCCUCAUCGUCAUCGCCGUCAUCGGCUUCAUUGGCAGCGUCAUCAACUUUGUCAUCGUAGGCGUCGAUGGCGAUGAAAUUGGGCUGCGGACCAUCGACCUCUUCACCAUCUGCGUCCCACCCGCUCUGCCAGCUGCUAUGAGCAUCUGCUCGACGUUUGCGCUGCGUCGCCUGAAGCAGGCCAAGAUCUUCUGUGUGUCGCCGCAGAGGAUCAAUCUGGCGGGCAAAGUCUCGAUUGCGGUAUUCGACAAGACGGGCACGCUAACUGAAGGUGGCCUCGAAGUUCGUGGCGUGAGGAUGCGCGGUGAGAAUGGCAAGCUCGACGAGCUGCGCGAGCGCAUGGAGGAUGUCAAUGAGGUUGAGCGCGAGGUCAAGAUGGAAGAGGCAAUGGCUGCCACGCACGACGUCAACCUCAUCGACGACGAACCGCUCGGUGACCCGCUCGAAGUCAGCAUGCUCCUCUUCACCAAAUGGACGAUGGAGAGCGCGAAGAGGCCGCUGACCGGUGCUCAAGUCAGUCAGGGCAGCAUAGACCCCUACGUACAAUGCCUUCGCUCCCCUUCAGGUGACGCGACCAUCGCCGUGCUGCGCAAGUUCGACUUCGUCCCCAGCCUGCGCCGCAUGUCGGUCAUCACUCAGGCUGCCUCGUCAUCCACCUCAUCGGCGACAAUGUACGUCAAAGGCGCACCCGAAUCGAUCAUGCCACUCUGCGACCCUGCUACCAUCCCGGACGACUUCGACGUUAUCCUCAACGAAGCUACGCGACGUGGUCUUCGUGUCCUUGCUUUCGGCUACAAGACUGCCUCGCUCAGCUGGUCAGGAGCUCAAACCUGCCCACGCGAGUACGUCGAGUCAGACCUCUCUUUCCUCGGCCUGCUCUUCUUCGAGAACAAGCUCAAGAGCACGACCGCAGCUGCCAUCGCAGAGCUGCACGAGGCGGAGAUUCCAACAAAGAUGUGCACGGGCGAUUCGGUUAACACCGCGAUUUCAGUGGCAAGGGAGGCGGGCAUGAUCCCACCUGGCCAGCCAGUCUUCGUGCCCCGUCUUCCGCAGGGAGUCAAGGCGCACAAGAGCCUAGGCGGGAUGUCCAAUCCAGCUGAGCUGGUGUGGAGCGAUGUCGACUUGCCGCAGGAGGGCGAAGGAGCGGACGAAGAUGGCGGGCUGGACCCUUACUCGCUUGCUCCUCGUGACCCGAAGCUGAGCUUGUCGACAGUAGGCCUCGCGCUGACCGGGGACGUCUUCCAGCACUUGCUUUCGCACGCCUCAGACGAAACUAUGGCCCGCCUCCUGGUGCGCGCACAGGUGUUCGCCCGCUUCUCACCCGAGCUCAAGGCAGAGCUGGUGGACAGACUGCAGCGAAUUGACCAUACGGUUGCUUUCUGUGGUGAUGGAGCGAAUGACACUGGUGCGCUCAAGGGGGCAGACCUGGGACUCUCACUCAGCGAGGCUGAGGCUUCGGUCGCCGCUCCGUUCACGAGCGGUGCCGAUGACAUUGGCUCCCUGCCACAUCUCAUCAAGGAGGGGCGUAAUUGUCUUGCGACUUCGACCAGCCUCUUCCUCUACUUUGCCCUCUACGCCCUCACCGAGUUCUAUAGUGUCAUCCUCCUCUUUGGAGUCACCGCCUCACUAGACAACGCUCAGUAUCUAUGGAUCGACAUCUUCCAGGUCUUCUGCAUUGCAAUCGGCAUGGCCUGGGGUCGCCCUGCUGCCACCCUCUCUAAGUCGCGCCCCUUCUCCCGCCUCAUGACACGGCGCAUCGUCCUCUCCCUGCUGGGCGCUAUCGUCCUCCUCAUCAUCGCGCAAACGGUGCCCUACGUGAUUCUGCACAAGCAAAGCUGGUACGAGCAACCCCCAUUCCAGCCCGCGGAUCUCUCUCUGACAAAUCAGGACAAUAGCGUGGUGAGCAAGACGGCCAUGUUCACCUUCACCAUCGCCUCAAUUGGCUGGGCGCUCGGUCCGCCGCAUCGUGAGCCGCUCUACCGCAACUACCUGCUGUCCUUUGCUAUCCUUGCCCUCGCGGCCAUCAAUUUCGGCAUCCUCUUCUCCAACUCCGAGUCUAACGGCCUCUUCCGCCUCUUUGGACUUGUCGAGCUGCCUACGAGCUUCCUGUUCAUCAUCUUCGGUACCGUCCUGGUGCAGGCGCUCCUCUUCUUCGUGUGGGAGCUCUGGGCAGUGGAUGUCGUCUGUGGAUGGUUGGCGGGGCCGAUGAGGCGAUUCAGGAGUUGGAGGAUCAGGGGAGACAACGUUGAUGUUGAGAAGAAGUUUAGACGGGUGGAGAGGGCAUUGAAGAGGGAAGAGGCACAGAGGGUUGGAGUGUAGCGGGUGUAAGGCAGCCUACGAGUUGCUCAGUCUCACCUGCGUCCGUGUCAUCAUGUUGUGUUUUGUUCGUUCCUGUACUUUUAGCAUCGGUUUGCACGCUCUUCGCAUUGGCUGAAUCGCAUCGAGCAUCAGCAUCAGCAUCAGCGGUCAAAUCAGAGAUUGAGCCGUGACGAUGAUCUUGUGAUGCCCAUACGUCGCCGUCUAAAGUGGUGAAACACAUGACUCCUCGCUCUCAUCUCGGCGCAGCCCUCACUCCCAAUCCACUCGUCCCCGUCCCCUCACCACUUCCAGCGUCCCUGACCGCCUGACUCCUCUCGCUCAUGGUCAAAUGUUCCCCCAAUCCAACCCCUCC